AUGGCGGCGUCCCCGGGCAUGGGGACGCAGGAGAUGACGGCCCUGGACCGGGAGCUCUUCGGGGACGACGAGCCGGAGACGCAGUCAUUGGGGCCGUCUUCGGCACCUGCGGCCGGUGCAGCGACUUCCAGCGCAGCAGCGCCUUCCGCUGCGCCGCUCGCCAGUCAGGACAGCCUUCUCGAGCAGGACCUCUUCGGAGACUUCGACUCGGGUAACGAGGCGCCCCCGUCCGCGCCGCCGCCCGCCGGAGGGCGGCUCAAGCGGGCGCAGGCGGAGGCGGCAGGCGCGGAGGCGGCGCAGGCGCCGGCGCCGUCGCGGCGCCCCAAGAAGAAGCGGCGGACCGACCUCGCCAAGUUCGCCGACCUGGAGGCGGAGGAGGCCGACGGCGACAGCGGCGACGAGGCCGAGGAGGACGAUCUCGACGACCUCAUCGACGCCGGCGCCGUGCCGGAGGUGGGGGCGAGGGGCCAGGCCGAGCUGCGGAGGCACAUGCAGCAACAGUCGGUGGAGCUCGAGGAGGCCAAGCGGCAGGCGGCCGCCGCGGGGCCCGAGAGCGGCGUCAGGAGAGUGUACGGAUCCGGCUAUCUCGACAGGAUGCAGGAGAAGUACGAGAAGAUGGAGCAGGACGCCGCAGCCGGGCUGAUCCCGGACGCCGCGGCCCCGCGCGCGUCGGAGCCGCUGGCCCCGAGGAACGCCUUCGUGGUGCCCGACAUGGAGAAGGACCCGAAGCUGUGGUGCAACAAGACGUUUGCGCCGGAGGUGGAGCUGUGCAUAUCGAUGAUGGUGAAGGCGGUGCAGACCUUGGAGGCUGGCAAGCAGAUCCCGAUCUCCACCGUGUUCUUUUCGCCUCAUCUUCGAGGUUAUGUCUACAUUGAGGCGGCGAACGAGGUUCAGAUCCGCGGCUUCACCCAGGGCGUGCGCGGCUUCUCCGUUUCGGGCAUCUCGCUCGUCCCCACGAACCAGAUGCCGCAGGUCUUCGAGGCCUCGGUUCUCGACGCCGCCAAAAAGAGGGCGGUCAAGGUUGGCGACUUCGUGCGGAUCAGGCGGGGGUUGUACCAGGGCGAUCUCGGCCAGAUCGACGAGGUGAAGGAUCAGAGCUAUAUCGUGAAGCUGAAGCCCCGGCUCCCGAGCGCUCCGACCAUGUCAAAGAUGGCGCAGGGGAAGCAGGACAGAGCAGCAAAGCAGCGGCCGCCUCCCCGGUGGUUCAACAAGAUGGACGUGGAGGCAGACGGCACUGCGCUCGUCAACGUGGAUCGGCGCAUGACCCCGCGAGGACUGGAGCACUUCUACACCGUGGAGAAGGAGUUCUACAGGGACGGGUUCCUGUACAAGGAGUUCAAGUCCUCCUUCUUCGACGCGGGCGAGAAGGUGAGGCCCCAGCAGGCAGAGCUGCAGGACAAGCGCUCCGCGCCGCCCGUCAACGAGAACACGCGGCCCGCGGCGGACCUCCGGCCGAAGAGGGAGGAGCCCAAGAUGCUGCCUCCGUCGACCGUGCCCAAGAAGAGCUACAUUGAGAGGCAGCAGCUUGCGGUGGGCGACCAGGUGAUCGUCACCAGCGGCGACGUGAAGAACCUCCGAGGUGUGGUAACGCAGGCCCUGUUCCAGUCGAAGACGGUGUGGGUGCAGCCGACUGUUCCGCCGAGUUCAAUCAGCAUGUCGCUCGAGGUAGCCAUCUUGAGCAAGUACUUCGAAAUUGGCGACUACGUCAAGGUCUUGGCUGGAGAGCAUGAGGGCGACACGGGCUACGUGGUCAAGGUGGUCUUCAAUAAGCAGAGCGUAUGGGAUAUCAACACUGCGGCGAUGGUGUUAUCUCCAACCUGCUCCUCUGAGUUCAAGGUUCGUGUCGACCACCUCCAGUUGACUUGCGAGGACGCGGACCCACAGGAUGAAAAGAACGAGUUCCAGGUUGGCCAGCUGGUCCGCCUGGAUGGCCAAAACGACUCGCGCGCCCUCAUCAUCCGGAUCGAGGCCAACUCCAGAGUUGUCGUGCUGGCUACAAACAACAAGACCUACAUCCAUACCUUCGACCAGAUCCAGCCAGUCUCGCUGCCAUCGCAGAGGACAUACCAGAACAACCUCUGGACCUUGGACAGGAAGCAGCAGAAGAUCAAGCCUGGCUGCGUGGUGAAGGCGCCUCAGGCCGGAAUCAAAGGCGAGCCGAUCAGCGCAAAGGUCCUGUACAUUCACGACAAUUACGUCUUCCUGGAGGCCACUGAGUCCCUCACCGGGGAUCAGGCCUUCAGCUGCUGCCAAGGAGGCAAGUGCGAGUACUUCUGGAACAUGAACGAGAUAAAAGAUGCGGAGAUGGAGGCUGAGAGGCUGAAGAAGAAGGCGUUGGAGGAUACCGAACUCGUAGAAGUUGGCGGGAUGUCGUACGGAAUCAAGAUGGCGAGCGAGACCUCCUGGCUCAAGCCCCACUUAAAGAGGAAGAUGGGAGUUGACAUCAAGGAUAAUCCCGGCGUGCUUGCGAAGGGCGCCGCCGUGCGGAUCCACGGGGGCAGCUACAAGGGCCUCAGGGCCGAAGUGCGCGAGAGCCUGGGCGACAAGGUGCGAUGCUCGCUGCUGAGCAUCAACAAGCUCGUUAUCGGACCGAGGGCUGCCUCGGGCGGGCGGCGCGACAAGUGUCCGCGCAUGCUCUACGCAGGGAGUAACAAACGGAUCUGCGGCUGCGACGCGUUCGACUGCAUUGAGGCCGUGAGAAUGAUCGCCGCGCAGUGGACCAUCGUGCCUUCGGUUGGGCUGGUAAGCCCAAGCUUCUCAAGCUUGAAUGCCACGCAGUGCAACUUGCGGUGGUACGUCUCCUCGGCCGCCUUCAACAGCGACCACUCCGCUUCCGUGAAGUAG